AAAAAAAACGAAAAGAAAAACAAUUAAUUUUUUCUUUUUUUAAUCAUCCUGUUGUUACUUCUAUUGCAUCGAGUUUCGUGCAUCGGGGAUAAAAAUUGUGGGAGCGGUAGUGAAGGUUUCGUGAGUGCGUAUAAAGUACACCUGUGGCAAUAAAACCACCAUACCCACUGGUAAAUAAACGCGCGAGCGUUUAAAUAUUGAAAGUGGACCUGGGACGCGGCGAGGGCUUCCCCAGCGUCAUGAUGAUGCACGCGAUGAGCGACCACACGGGGGCAGGCCUGGGCAUGGGGGUGUUGCCGUUCGACGGUAUGGGCAUCUACGAGCAGCCCAGGCCCAAAUUUUUGUUCAGAAUGCCGAGGGUCGUUCCCGACCAGAAGAACAAGUUCGAGAACGACGAGCUCUUCAGGCGGCUCAGCCGCGAGAGUGACGUAAAAUACACGAGCCACCGGGAUCGUCCUCUGGAGGAGCGUCAGAUUCGCUUCCAGAACGGGUGUCGCGAGGGCCACACGGAGAUUGCCUUCGCCGGCACAGGCACGAACCUCCAGCUCGUGUUUGGCGUUAGUUCCGGCAACUUUGGGGGCGAUCCGCGAGAAUGCGACUUUGACAAGGAACACGGGAAGGUGCACAUAAAAUCCCACCUGAUAAUGAAUGGCGUGUGCGUGACGUGGCGAGGCUGGAUCGACCUGGAGCGUCUGGAUGGUCUUGCCUGUCUGGAAUUCGACGAGGAUCGCGCCGCUGAGGAGGACGCUCUCCUACGCGAGCAAAUCGAACGCUACAAUCGGUGUAUGCGCGACAUGGAGGACAAACAUCGUUCCUAUCGUACCCAGUCGGCAGCAGCGGCAGCUGGAUUACCGACGGCUCACCACUUAAACCACCAUCAUCAUCAUCACCACCAUCACGCGAGCCAUCACGCCCAUCUUGGCGUGCCAGGAGCUGCGCCUGGAACUGGUAUCGAGCCACAUGGGAAUCACCGCCAGGAUCCCGAGAUGGAGGUUAGGUUGCGCGCGUAUUAGAUUUUGUGAUUACUACACAUGUGAACGAUGGAGGGAAAAAAGGGUUCUCGUGACACGUUUCGAGGUACCAACGUCAUUAGAGGAUCUCGAACUGACUUUUUAAGUUUUUUUUUUUUUUUAAAUCGGCGACAAAAAUGUUAUCACAACUAUAAACUUUUCUACGAGAAAGUUACGUGUAGUUAGGGAAAAAAAAAACGAUAAAAGAGAGAUAAAAUUCACGCCUCGCGCGUGAAUAAGCAGACGAUGAUUUCCGGAGUAGAUUUUAACGCAUACAUGAAAAAUACGCGUUCGUACUGUCUUUUUCUCUCUUUUUUUCGAAGCGAUUUUUUUUUUUUCUCUUUAUUUUACCACCAGAACGUUUUAAACUAAUUUUUUGUCAUUUUUGUUUAUGUAUUAUAUUAAGUGUAAUCGAGCCAUAAAAAGGCUAC